AAUAAUCUUCUUCUACGUGGUUGGUGGUAACCCUCAUUCUCUAGUCCUGCCACUUCUCUCUUUCUUACAAACUAUUUUCCUUCUCAAUGAUACAUAUAUAUUAAUAAGCAUUUCCUUAAAAAUAAUAAUAUUUAUUAUUAUUAUUAAAUGUUUCAAAUUUUCUUUGUUUUCCUUCCCUAUAAAAGGAAACUUUUGGAGAAUGGUUUGUCCAUCAUAAGUUAAGAAACAUAGUGUACCAUAACUUUGUUAUAUACACUAAAAUAAACCAAACCAAUCAAAAUAUCACAUGGAAAUGGAGAUGGAGAUGGAGUUGGAGUUGGAGAAUAGUAAUAGUGAAAACCAAAUAAAAAAGAGUAGCUUUAGAAAUGGUAGCUUUAAAAAGGGCAGCUUUAGAUUGGGAGGAAAAGAUCAAACAGUGAUUGAGCUUGGUAAUUUUGAUACUCAAAGACUACUCUUAGAAGGUGGUGGUGGUGGAGGAAUAAGAGACAAAUAUAAACCUCCCAAAAAUACUCUUUCUCUAAGGCAAAUGAAAAGUCUCACUGCUCUUACUGACACCAUCUUACCUUCUAUCAAUGAUUUUGUUCCUGUUUCGGCCGACGAUGAAACCGCCGCCACUUUCUACCGUAUUUCAGCUUCCAUGGCUGGAACACCUGAGCGUCUUGGAGGUGUUAUAAGUGAGAGAUUAAUCCACCCAAUGACAGGGUUAUUAAAGUUGGUGUUAUGGUUUCUAUCAACACUGAUUGGAACAAUAAUUUUAUGUGGCAUGGGUUGCUUAUCCACCAAGUUCCCUUUUAUUCACACUUUCCCUGAUUUACCUCUUCACAAACGUCAACAAAUUUUGCAAUCAAUGUCUCUUAGUUACUUUCGUCUCCUUAGAAUGUUCUUCAAAACAAUUAAACUUCUUACUCUACGAGAAUUCUUCACUCAGCUAGAUGAAUCAGAAGACAAUUGUUCAUGGAAAGCAAUUGGAUACUAUGGACCUGAUCCAGAAUUCAAAGCUCAGAUAAAGAGACAUUUUUUACAUGGAACAUCUAAAGUAGGACAAGAUUCCGAGGAAGGCGGUGAUGAAGCUGAACAAGCCAUAGGACCUCUUUACAAAGGUCUCAUCCAUCUCAACUAUCCACGAGACAUCACUCUCGACGCUUUAAGACGAUUUGGAUUCCCUGUCUCAGUUAAUCGUCGAAAGCCAAAAGCAGCUGCUAAGUUGUCAUCUCCUUCUUUAGUUAUACAAUGUGAUGCUGUGGUAGUUGGUUCCGGCUCGGGAGGUGGAGUGGUAGCUGGAAUUCUAGCAAAAGCUGGUUACAAAGUGUUGGUUUUGGAGAAAGGAGGUUAUUCUGCUAGGAACAAUCUUUCACUUCUUGAAGCACCAACCAUGGAUCAAAUGUAUGAAUCUAGUGGUUUGGUAGCAACUGCUGAUAUGAGUGUACUUAUAUUAGCAGGAUCUACUGUUGGUGGAGGGUCUGCGAUUAAUUGGGGUGCAUGCAUCAAAACCCCUCCGCAUGUGUGCAAGGAGUGGUGUGAAAAAAACGAACUAGAAUUGUUCGAAAGCGAAUUGUAUCGAGAAGCGAUGGAUGCGGUUUGCGAGAAAAUGGGAGUUCAAUCUGAGAUAGAAGAGGAAGGUUUCAACAACGCAGUUUUGAGAAAAGGGUGUCAAGAAAUGGGAUAUCCUGUGAAUAGCAUUCCAAGGAAUUCUUCUUCGGAUCACUAUUGUGGAUGGUGUUGUUUGGGGUGUAAGGAUGGCAAAAAGAAGGGUACAUCGGAAACAUGGUUGGUGGACUUGGUGAAAUCUGGCAAUGGAGCGAUUCUUCCUGGUUGUACAGCGAUGAAAGUUUUGCAUAAGAAAAAGAAGGGAACCGGUAAAAAGACCGCACGAGGAGUGGCAUUUGAAUUUGAAUACAAAGGAAGUAAAGACAUUUGUGUGGUGGAAUCCAAGGUCACAAUUGUAGCAAGUGGAACACUCAAUACUCCAUCAUUGCUUAAAAGAAGUGGCUUAAAAAAUAACAACAUAGGGAGAAAUUUGCAUCUCCAUCCGGUGGCAAUGGCCUGGGGCUACUUCCCAGAUGCACCAGCAGAACCUACAGGUGCAUCUGAAGUGUGGCCCGAGGCAUGGAAAAAGAGCUACGAAGGAGGAAUAAUGACAGCAAUGUCACCUGUUGUUGCAGAGUUUGACAAUUCAGGAUACGGUGCAGUCAUCCAAACGCCUGCAUUGCAUCCCGGUACAUUCUCAAUUGUCAUGCCAUGGGUUUCAGGAAGUGUAAUAAAAGAUAGAAUGCGAAAAUUUUCAAGAACAGCUCAUAUAUUUGCAUUGGCAAGGGAUCAAGGAUCAGGAAAAGUGCACUCGCCAAGUAAUAUAACUUAUCAAAUGAAAGAUAGUGAUGAAGAGAGUUUACAGAAGGGAAUUGAUAAGGUACUGAGAAUUUUAGCUGCAGCUGGCGCUGAAGAAAUUGGAACUCAUCAUAACAAGGGAAAUACCUUAAAUGUAAAACAGGCGAGUUACCAUGAAUUUGAGAAAUUUGUUAAAGAGGAAAGUUCAAGGUCAUUAACAGACCUUUCGACACAGUUGUGCUCGGCACAUCAGAUGGGGAGUUGUCGGAUGGGAACUAAUCCAAAGGAAUCGGUGGUGAAGCAGACAGGGGAGACAUGGGAAGUGGAAGAUCUUUAUGUAGCGGAUGCAAGUGUCUUCCCUACAGCUUUGGGUGUGAAUCCAAUGAUAACUGUUCAAUCAAUUGCUUACUGCACUGCACAAUCUGUUCUUCAAGUUCUUAAAAGGAAAAGAAGUAAAUGAAAUAUAUAUGUAUAUUUCCGACUUUCGUAAUUGUAGCCCGAAUUGCACUAAAUAUUCAUGACAUUCGGCAGUAAUUCAAAUAACACAGCAUUCCAGAAAAACAGUUUAAAAAUUGUAAUGCUUUUAUAGAGUUGUUCAAUAAUUCAAAAGUUUGAAAUUAAGACUCUAACGA